AUGCCUACACCAGAACUACUAAGAGCCGGCUUCAUCCAGGCAGAGUUUUUGCUAAAUUCCAGACCGCUUACUCAUAUACCGCUCGAAACGUUCGACGAUGAAGUUCUAACACCGUUUCACAUGUUGAUCGGACGAGCAGGAGAACAUGUAUCCCCAAUUGCACCAACAGUAGAUGGAUUUAAUAAAGAACAAUGGAAGCUAGCGCAACACUACGGACAACUCUUUUGGGAUCGUUGGAAAACAGAAUACCUCCCAACAUUAAUAAAAAGAAACAAAUGGACCGAGGAGAUCAUUCCACUUGAAGAAAACGAUAUCGUCAUCAUCACAGACGACAACGUACCAGCUGGAAGAUGGUUGAAGGGGCGUAUAAUAAAAACAUACCCCGAUAAAGAUGGACAAGUCACAAAGGCUGACAUACAAACGGAAAAGGGCAUUAUAAAAAGAGCAGCGACGAAAAUAGCGGUUCUCGACGUUACACAGAAGGAGAAACCAGAAGGCGCUCAACAUCUCACAUCAAAGAACAUGCCGGAGGAACACGUUAUGAUCAUACACAACGACGUUAGCAUCAAGGACAACGUAAUCAACAACAACCAAAGCAACGACUCCAACCCAAACAACGACAAGGUCAUCAAUACGAAACGUAAACUAGCGGACGAAAAUUUCUCUAACUGGGGAAAAAGAAAUUAA